CUUGCACAAGAAAAAUGAAUUUUAUAUUUCAGUUUUCGUACGACAUUUGCACUUUUGCUAAUCCUUGUUGGUUGUCUUCUGCGAGACUACGCCAACUGCUGCCACCUCUUUUGCCAUUUCUCUUCCCCUUGGCUUUCUUCAAUAAUCCAUGCCAAUUUAACCAAUUUUUUUUUAUUUCUUUUAGAAGAGCCCUCCUUUCAAGUUUUGCUCUAAUCUGAUGGGGGAUGGGAAUUCCGACCUUGGUGCUCAGUUACGCGUAGAGCCAAUCUACGACUCGUUCCUAUGUCCUCUGACGAAGCAAGUGAUGCACGAUCCUGUGACCUUGGAAACCGGGCAAACGUAUGAGAGGGAUGCCAUAGAGAAGUGGCUGAGAGAGUGUAGGGAGAGUGGAAGAAGGCCUGUCUGCCCUUUGACAUUGAGAGAGCUCAAAAGCACUGAGCUUAGCCCUAGUAUUGCUCUAAGACACACAAUUAAAGAAUGGAAUGCGAGGAACGAAGCCUCUAAGCUUGACAUGGCACGGCGAUCCCUGUCCCUGACAAGUUUGGAGGGUGACAUUCUGCAGGCCCUGAAAUUCGUGCAGCGCCUCUGCCUGCAAGCCCCUUUCAAUAAGCGUGUGGUCCAUGAUGCCGACUUGAUUCCCAAGAUCGUAGACGUGCUCAAGAGCUCCAGUCGACAAGUCCGUUGCACAGCUCUUGAAACUCUUAGGAUUGUGGUGGAGGAUGAUUCUGAUAACAAGGAAAUCGUGGCGGAAGGGGAUACUGUGCGCACAAUAGUCAAGUUCCUGUCUCACGAGCAAUCUAAAGAGAGAGAAGAAGCUGUUUCUCUUCUCUACGAGCUUUCCCACUCAGAGAAGCUCUGUGAAAAGAUCGGCUCUGUUAAUGGGGCGGUUCUGAUCUUAGUUGGUAUGGCCACCAGCAACUCGGAGAGUCUCCUAACUGUCGAGAUGACUGAUAAAACACUCGAGAAUCUGGCUCAAUGUGAGAACAACGUUAAACAAAUGGCUGAAUGUGGAAGAUUGCAGCCUCUUCUCACAUUACUGCUUGAAGGUGCUCCUGACACUAAGCUGUCCAUGGCUGCCAUUCUAGGUGAGCUCGUUCUAGACAACGAGGUGAAGGUAUUCGUGGCGAGGACAGCUGCUUUUUCACUCAUCAAUCUCAUGACGCACACCGACAUGCCAUCGAGGGAGGCUGCUCUUAAAGCUAUAAACCAGAUUUCAUCAGAUGAAACGAGUGCCAAAGUCUUGAUCGAGGCAGGCAUCUUGCCCCCUCUUGUGAAGGAUCUGUUCACUGUUGGAGCAAACCAGCUGCCAAUGCGGCUCAAGGAAGUUUCAGCAACAAUUCUUGCCAAUGUCGUUAACUCAGGCCAUGACUUCGACUCAGUGCCAAUCGGGCCUAACUACCAGACUCUGGUGUCGAAGGAGAUCAUUCACAACCUUCUGCAUCUUAUCAACAACACUGGCCCUGCAAUCGAGUCCAAGCUUCUCCAAGUUCUGGUCGGGCUCACAAAUUCUGCAGCAACCGUGUCCAGUGUUGUCUCCGCCAUCAAGAGCUCCGGUGCUACUAUCAGUUUGGUUCAGUUCAUUGAAGCUCCUCAGGUGGAUCUGAGGGCGGCUUCGAUAAGGCUUCUGCAGAACCUCUCCCCACACAUGGGCCCGGAGCUGGCUAGCUGCCUGCGCGGGCCAGCAGGCCAGCUCGGGAGCCUGAUCCGGGAGAUAUUGGAAAAAGAGGUGAUAACUGAGGAGCAAGCAGCAGCUGUUGGAUUUCUAGCUGAUCUACCCGAAAGGGAUUCGGGUCUCACUAGACAGAUGCUAGACGAAGGGGUGUUCCAGCGCUUGGUCUCGAGAAUAGUUAGCAUCAGGCAAGGUGCGACAAGGAGGAACCGUUUCAUGACCCCAUAUUUGGAAGGGCUCGUGAAGGUCGUGGCAAGAGUCACAUUCGUGUUAUCUGAGGAGUCAGGUGCUGCCGCUCGCGCACUCUGUUGUCGGACCAACCUAGCAUCGCUCUUCAUAGACCUCCUGCAAUCCAACGGGCUAGAUAAUCUGCAGAUGGUGUCAGCCGUGGCUCUGGAGAAUCUAUCCAAAGAAUCGAAGAACUUGACACAACUGCUAGAGUUCCCUGCACCGGGGCUGUUUGCCACGAUCUUCCCUUGCCUGAGCAAGCAACCGGUGAUAACGGGGCUGUGCCCUAUUCAUAGAGGGAUAUGCUCACUGAAAGAGACAUUCUGCCUGUUGGAUGGACAGGCUGUGGACAAACUGGUGGCUCUGUUGGACCACACGAACGACAAGGUGGUGGAGGCGUCACUUGCUGCGCUGGCCACUCUGUUGGAGGAUGGCGUUGACAUAGAUCAGGGGGUUCAGGUGUUACUGGAGGCGGAAGGGGUGAAGCCGAUACUGGACUUGCUGCUGGGGAAACGGACAGAGACGCUGAGGAGCCGGGUGGUGUGGACAGUGGAGAGAUUGUUGAGAUGUGAAGCGAUAGCAUAUGAUGUAGCAGGUGAUCCAAAUAUAAGCACAGCUUUGGUUGAUGCAUUCCAGCAUGGAGAAUACAGAACAAGGCAGAUUGCUGAGCGCGCAUUGAAACACGUUGACAAGAUCCCCAACUUCUCUAGCAUCUUUUCCAACGUGGGAUAGUCCUUUUCCACCUUGUAUUUACUCACAUGCACAUAUUGACACACAAAUUUUUGUUCCGGAGUUUCCAUCAGGUGUGAAGAUACUGAUUGUUUUUCAGUCCAAAAUUACAUCUUAUUUGAGCUA